AUGCACCCGUUCCAAAACCAGACACACAUGUGCAUUGUGACGGCGCAGCAUGGUCUCAGCUUCGGCGUGUCCUGGAGGCUAUAUAAGAGCCCUUCAGCACAAGCCCUAGUCACGAUCCUCAAAAAAAUGGACCCAAACUCUAACCCCACCAACUCACAGCCUACUGAAGAGCAACCCGGACAAAGCCCCGGCGGCAGUCGUCCGGUUGAAGAACCUGUUGCGCCCCCUCCAUCCCAUCCAAUGGCGCCCGAAGCCAGCGCUGAGCAGGCCGAAGAGGCCGCCACCCCGGCGGACGCUCCACCCCCUCAUGCUGAGCAUCAGGAGGGAGCAGGAUGGGCAGAACUGCCUGCCGAAUUCGGUGAUCACUUCGCCGCCCUGUUUGACCUGCUCCGCGACGGACCGAUGGUACUUGACUUCGAGGACGAUGGAGUCGCCACAAUCCAGGAUCUUGAAGCAAAUCCCGCACUUGCUGAAGAAGCUUUCGACUUGCUCCGCCACCUUGAAGCCCUGCCUGCGCCUAAGCAUUGCACUCUGUGCCUAGAUCAAUACGUCGAGGGCGAUGAUAUUUUGGUGCUACCCUGCCACCCAUCGCACCAUUUCCAUCGGGCCUGCAUCGACGACUGGUUGCAAGCCCACAUUCCCGGGCCCAAUGCUUGUCCAAUUUGCAGGGCCCUUAUCUAG